UAGGGCUGGGCUCUCGGGAAAGAUGAAGAAAGGGGGGCAGCAAGAGCGCAAGGAUCUCUACACGGUUCUAGGUCUCCAGGGAGGCUUGGACGGCGGCGCCUACGCAUCCUCGGCACAGAUCCGCAGCGCCUACCGGGCGCAAUCGCUGCGCUGCCACCCGGACAAGCGCCUGGACGAUCAGGCGACCGCGGCUAGGGAUUUCCAGGCCCUCCAGGACGCCUAUAAGGUACUCUGUGACGACAGCAAGCGCGAGCGCUAUGACUGUGAGUUGUAUUCCAGCAUCCUCAAAGGCCCGCAGAUCCAACCCCCGCCCAAGCGCAAGAAGAAGAAAUCCCAGGUCUCGGGCCUCAAUCUCGUCAUCAAGAAGCCCACUAGCAAACCAUCGGGGGCAUCCUCGUCCGUGGCCAAGGCCGCCGCGAUCUCUCUCGAUGAGCUCGCCCGGAUCAAGGUCGCCAGCGGCGUGAGCGGCGAGGCCUGCGAGAGAACAGUGUGCGCGAGCUGGAAUUGCAGCGCCGGAUACGACGAGGCCAAGCUCCGCGAGGCUCUGGGAUUGUUUGGGCCGAUUGAGAAGAUCGUAGCGCCAGCGAAGAAUUGCAAGAAGGGAACUGGCGCGAUUGUGUUUAAGUUCCGGGCAUCCGCCUCUGGCGCUGUCGCGGGAUUUAGCAACGAUCCCGAGCUUAAGUUACAAAUGGGAGGAUAGCGUUCUCAAGAACCCUAAAUUCUUUUCUCUUCGUCUUU